AUGGCGGCUUUCUACGACGCCUGGGUGGGCCGCGAGGAGGAGAUCGUCACCCAACUCACGGCCGCGCUCUCGGCGCGCCAGCGCGACGCGCUGGUGCCGCUCGUGGACGCCGCCAUGGACCACGUCGCCUCCUACUACGAGCACAAGUCCCGCCUCGCGGACCGCGACGUGGUGGCCGCGCUAGACCCACGCUGGCUCAACCCGCUGGAGCGCACCUUCCUGUGGGCGUGGGGGUGGAAGCCCGCGCUGGUAUUCCGCUUCGUGGACGGCCAAGGCGUGCGCUCUCACCAGCAGCGCCGCGCGCUCGAGGACCUGCGCGCGGCCACGGAGGCGGCCGAGAAGGAGGUGGAGCGGGAGGUGGCGGCCGUGCAGGAGUCUCUGGCGGGACCUAGGGUGCUGGCGGCGCUGCGCCGGCAGCACCCUCUGAACGGGGAAGCGGACGAGGCCGUCGCGGCGGUGGGAAGGUCGCUCCGCGUGCUGCUGGCCGCGGGCGACACGCUCCGUGAGCGCACGGUGCGCGGCGUCGUCGGCGUGCUGGUGCCGGAGCAGGCGGGCGCGUUCGUCGCUGCCAUGCUCAGAUUUCAUCUCGGGGUCCGCCGCGCGGGACGAGUCUGGAGCUCCGGCCACGGCCGCCGCCGGGCACCAUAA